UGGUAAGUAUAAGUGUUUUUCCCUUUCGACAUUAUUUUCAAAAUUGCUGAGUGUAUGCAGUUAUACCUCCUAUGCGUCUAUGCAGUUUUGCCCCUAGAGGACAGUUUUUAGUAAAAGUUUUUAGUGACCUUGAGAAGACAGUUUUUAGUAAAAAAUUGGUUGCUUGUUUAUUAGACUAUGUUGAUAUCACAAAUGGUUUUCACUUCGAAGACAUGAUACAUUUUUAGCCCUGCCGGAUGCACAAACGACUAACAAAGAAGCCUUCGACCUGAAUUAUAAUGUACAAAAAAAAAAAAAAAAAACCAGAAGGUUAAGAGGCACGCCUCUUCCCCCCUGCACUUUUUUUAGAAAUUGUAGAUUGUGCCCCUCCACUUCGAAUAUAGUAAUAAUAAUAAUUUUAGAGAAACUGUCAAGAAUCAAUUAUUUUUUACGCUCACUACGUGACGAAGAGUCUACCUUAUCAGACAAAGUACCUUCAUGAACAAUUGCUCGUCGUUUGUUUGUGGAUUUUGUUAUGCUUUUGUGGAUAUCGUGCCGAUUUCUCGUAAAGCUGAUUUGUCAUGGUCUGCAUCUGGAGAAGUAAAAGAUGUUAAAAAACAACUUAAAAUGAUAAUCAAAGAUUCAGAUUAUUAUGUGGACAUUGAGAACAUGGUUUUUGCACAAAUGAACAAAAAAAAUAAAAAAAGUAGAAGUUAUGGCAUCUUGCCCUACUUAAAAAAGUCUGAGGAGUUAUGGUUGAAACGCAUAAUGGAAAGUGUUAACAAGAUGUGCACAGAGCUUAAAAUUUAUUUAUCACAAAAAAGAACUGUAAGUCAACAAGUUGGUUUGGACGAGAACAUCUUGAGUUUUGUUAAAAAAGAUUGCAAUAAAAGUAAUAUCAAGUUAAGGCCUGUUUACUCUGCAACAGAUUUCUUUGAAAUGCUGAUAUCAAUAAAGAAUAACAACUUACGAGACAGUGUAAGAACAUCAUUGUAUUUGAUGAAGACAUGUUUACACGUUAAAGAUUUUCUAGAGUUGAAGUCUUUCUAUUCAGCUAUGUAUUGUUUACAUCAAAUGAACUUUAAAGAUCAAACACAAAAAGAGAUUUUCUAUAUAAACAAAUGGAUGAAAAGUGAAAAUGAUUGGAUAAAACUUGGCAAUGCAGUUAUAAAUAAAAAAACCUGUAGUUCAGCUCGACAAUAUUUAAAACAAGGAUGUCCUGCUAGCUUACGUAAACAAAUCUGGUUGAUAUUAUUGAAUAUAAAAAUUCAUGAUGAGGAUAUGUUGUAUUACUUUCAAUUGAAAAAGUCGGCACUUGAAUACGAUUUGUUUGUAGACCAUUUGCUCAGGCAGGAUGUUCAAUUGACAGCAAGCAACAGCAACUUGUUUUUCGUUUUUGAAGAUUUGCUUUAUCAAACUUUGCUGGUCUUUAGUCGAGAUGACUGUUUUUUGAAUUAUCUUGAAGAGUUAUCAAUAACACCAUUCAAAUAUUUGAUAAAAGAUAAAAUAAUAGAAGAUAGAUUUAAUACAUAUCCACCUUGUGGUAUUCUUCCAUUUCAUGGAUUUUCCAUGUUAGCUGCUCCCCUUUGUUAUAUAUAUGAAAAGCCUGAAGAACUUUACUUUGCUUUCCGUGAGCUAUAUGGCAGAUAUUUUAUCAAACUGCAUUCAAUAUCUUCAAACUCUCAGAAAGCCAUGUUGUUCUUCGGUUAUUGUCAACACGAUGCUUCAUUAUCUUUGACAAUAUUUUCCUUUAACUUGCAAACAAUUGAGAGCAUUUUGUCUAUCAGCUCUCUAUUUGAAUCCUUGUUGAUAUCUAAAGAAGCUGCUCUUUUUAAACAUUUGAUGGAUAUUGGCAGUCCACCUUUAAAACUAGCAUUUAAUUGGUUGAUGUUUGUGUACUCUGGUUACCUAUCGGCAGAGGAAACUCUACAACUUUGGGAUAUAAUUCUUGGCUUCGAUUCUCUGGAUAUUCUUGCAGUGGUGGCAGUAGCAAUUUUUGAGUUUCGAAGAGAAAGCCUGAUGAGUGCCACAAACUUAAAAACAGCUGAGGCAAUUCUAGAGGAUAUUAGCACGAUUAAAGUUGUUCCCUUGCUUGUUCAGUUUUUUGGGUAUAUUUAAAAAAGACGCAAUUUUCUCUAAAUAUUUUUUAAAGCGUUUAUGCAAUCUUAGUGAUUUGUGAACGGACGUAAAUGCACUGAUCUUAAAAAGGUCUAUGAUGAUGUAACAGUUCCAUCUCUGUUUUUAGCAUGUGCCGUAUCGGCAUUUUUUAUUGUAGUUGUAUGUAUGUUUUUAAAAUUUAUAGUUAUGUGAAAAUUAAUAUACAAUUUAAAAAUACAUUUUCCGAAUCAAUUUGUAGUAAU